CAUAUAUAAAUAAUUCAUUGUUUUUAUGUCUCUAGAUCUAUAAAUAUUUUUAUAAUGUCAUUAAUGAAUCUGUUUAAAUUUCUUUUCUGUAACCCUGCUCAGCAUACUCUGACAGUGACAGACAGAGUAAACUAAUUUCUCACUGAUCACAGAAAAGAAAUCAAUUGUCAAAGUCUAUGAAUGUUAGAAGAUACAAUAUAGGGAAUCAAGUACUUCAUUCAAUCGUUGAGGUCACACGAGAUCUAUAUUCAAAAAUGUCAGACAAAAUGAAAAGACGAACAAAUUCUAAAAAAGAUAUCGCUCUGGCUGAUCGUGAUUAUGAUUACGUUACAGUGCCUACUGAAGAAAGAAAUGAUGACAAAAAAACUGCCCCCCGUAGAGGCCUCCAAGGCGAUUAUGGGAACAUAAUGUUGUUGAUGUUUCUUUACAUUUUACAAGGAAUCCCGCUCGGACUUGGUGGAAGUAUACCUAUGCUGUUACAGAGUAGGAAAGUGAGCUACAAAGAACAAGCAUUGUUUAGUUUUAUAUACUGGCCUUUUAGUAUAAAGUUACUAUGGGCACCUUUAGUGGAUUCAUUAUAUGUGAAAUGGUUUGGUCGGCGAAAAUCUUGGAUGGUGCCGACACAGUAUCUUAUAGGAAUAUUCAUGCUUGUGCUCUCAGCACAUAUUGACGAUCUACUAGGAACUGAAACAGAUGAGCCAGGAAAAGUUGAUAUAAAAACACUGACAGCUGUGUUCUUCUGUCUUAAUUUUCUAGCUGCUACACAAGAUAUUGCUGUAGAUGGCUGGGCUUUAACAAUGUUAUCUAGGCAUAAUGUUGGCUGGGCAAGCACUUGUAAUUCAGUUGGACAGACAGCUGGGUACUUCUUAGGCAAUGUGUUAUUUCUAGGGCUAGAAUCUGCAGAUUUCUGUAAUAGUUACUUGAGGUCAGAGCCCAAAGAUGUUGGUGUCAUAACUUUAGCUAGUUUCCUAUACUUUUGGGGAAUAGUAUUCUUUGUAACAACGACUCUUGUAUGGAUGCUGAAGUCCGAGACAGCAGAUCCUGAGGUGGAUCCAGAACAAGGAAUUAUCGAAACAUACAAACAAUUAUACAAAGUUUUAUGUCUACCUCCAGUCCAAUCAUUUUGUAUCAUUCUUUUAACAUCAAAGAUUGGUUUUGCAGCCGCAGAUUCUCUCUCAGGGCUCAAACUUAUUGAAGCUGGCAUGUCAAAGACCACUCUAGCAUUGUUUGCAAUACCUAUGGUUCCCCUUCAAAUCAUUCUACCUUUAAUUAUAUCUAAAUAUACAUCAGGGCCCAGACCUUUGAAUAUAUUCUUAAAAGCAAUUCCACCAAGGUUGUUGUUGGGUAUAUUGUAUGGCUGUAUAGUAUAUUUUGCACACUAUGUACAGGAAACUCCGGGACAAUUCCCUAAAUAUUUCCUCGCUAUAAUUAUAGGCAGUUAUAUGAUACAUCAGGUGUUUGUAUAUAGUAUGUUUGUAUCUCAAAUGGCAUUCCAUGCUAAAAUCAGUGAUCCAAAGAUAGGUGGAACUUAUAUGACAUUGCUCAAUACUGUAGCCAAUCUAGGUGGAAACUGGCCAACAACUUUUGCAUUGUGGAUAGUGGAUAGUUUAACGUGGAAGGCUUGUAUUGGGGCUGAUGGACCUUCCUGUUACACAGCUGAUUCUCAACACGAAUGUAAAGAAGCAGGCGGGACCUGUCAUACAACAUUAGAUGGUUAUUAUAUAGAAUCUGUCGUCUGUAUAGUGAUAGGAUUUCUAUGGUUGCUAUGGCGAAGUAGAAGGGUACACGAACUAGAUGCACUAGAUAUAAAAAAGUGGAAGGUUUCCUGAAUAGAACAUAUAAUUGCUUCAGAAAUAUUGUUGUAUUUCGAUUAUCAAUGUUAAAAUAAGUUAAAACAUCUUUGUAGCUCAACUGUUAGAAAGUUCAUGAUGAGCUAUUAAAAUCACGUUCUUUCUGUCAUAAGUCUGUUUCUAUUUUAUUUUGAACAACGUUCAUCAAUAUAUUGCUUAACCAUGUUUGUAAAAUUAAUGAAGUCUUUUUACCAUCUUCACUAUGCCUCUAGCAUAUUCUGAGACCAAGAUCCAAUUCUAAUUUGGGAGGCUAAUCAUAGUUGUUCAAUAAUGUUAUUUCAAUCAAAAGGUCUGUUUGUCAUUGCAACAGUAAUUAAAAUCUGAAGGUGACUGUGGCUUAGUGGUUAAAGCCAUUGGCUUGGAACCGCUUUUUCCUCACCACUUUGGGUUCAAAUCCUUUCAGGAACUUUUGAUUCUUUCAUGUGAGGAAGCUAUCCAGUAAGCUGACAGAAUGUCAGUAGUUCUACUUGGGGGGUUGCAUGCUUGUGUCUGAAAUAAUGAUUAACUGAACACCUGAUGUCUUCCCCUAUCAGUAACACAGCUUUAUGACUUAAGUAUUAGUGAGACGUAAAUCUCAACCAAAUAAAUACCUUAAGGGAAACCAUUAAAACUUUCAACAAAUAGUCUUUUUUUUUUCAUCUUCAUAAUUCCCCUGACAUUUUCUGAGACCAAGGUCAAGGUCACCACGUGUAUAAAGUAAAUAUUUCUACUUUUCCUGAUAGAGCCUCUAUUUAUCAACCAAUAUCUUGGUUAUAUUAUAUGUAAAUAUAUUUCAUUGAGAUGUUUCUUUAUGCCGGGUAACUGGGUCACUUUGUCAAGGUCAUUGUAAUCAAUGCUAAAAGUGCUUUUCUUAUUUAUAAAGUAAUGCUCAAAAUAUGAGUGGAAAAUAGUUGCAAACCUCAUGCAGGCGAGUGUUGUAAGGGCCUGUUGGGAAUUUAAAUAAUGUCAUUUAUAGCGCCUUAUAUAAUGUGACAAUCCACGCUAACGUUAAGGUCACUUCCGACUUUACGUUGUUUUUGUUGUUCACUGUAAUAUAUGACUGUUGGUCAGUAAAGGUCAGAAAUGGAAACUACAACGCAUUUUAUUUAGUUAUUGUUCACCCCCACAGGACCAUUCUGAUUCUCAUCUUUACAGUGGAAAACCAAGGGUAUAAUGUUUGUAAGUUUGGUUUAAAUAUAAUUUUAAUCAUUUCUCUAUAAACAUGUUUAAACUGAAUGGCAUACAUAUAGGGUAAUGGCAUUUAUAGGUAUCAUCAAUCAUUUUGUUUACAGUUUAAUUCAGCUGUAAUUGUUUAGGAAAGUUGAAAUACUGUAAUUAACAUGUAAUUUAAGUGUAACUGUGAAUACAACUUUUAGUGUCCUAGAACAUUGUGAUUGUAAGUUUUUAAGUAGUCAUGAGUUUCAACACCCAAUCUCAUUAAAAUUAGAUCAUCGUUAUAGCUCCGUUACUCUUCGCUACAUAGGCCAGUGGAGCGACAGUUAGAAUAUGAAUUUUAAUGCGAUUGUUUGAAUGCCACACAGAGCAGUAUUUUUAUUAUGCACUGCCAUCUUUGUUGAUACAUUUGAGAUAUUCAUAAUAAUAGUAUAUAAAAUCAAAACUCUGAUAAUGUCUUGUCAAUUACACAAGUAACAUGGCUUCUAUAUUUUUUUUCAGUUUCUUGCUAUAAACAAGUAGUUUAAUCUGAUUUUUUUUCAGUUCCUACUUAUGAACAAAACUUGGUGUACAAAAAUAAAAAAAAAGAUGUAUUAAAGAGAUUGUAUUUAUUAUCAAGAUUUUGAGAAAAGAAAGAAGAUAUGAUGAAGUUUGUGCGUUUAAUAUCAAUUUUAUUCUUAUAGCAUAGUGCUAUAUACUUGUUAAAAAAAUUGUUACAGAGAUUUUAUGUGAAUUAUUCCUGGAACAUUGUUUAUUACUGCCAUGUUUUGUUAUUUAUCUUUAGCAUGUGAUAAAAAGUGUGUUUAGGGACCAUUCAUUUCAUUAUGUUGUUUAACCAAACACUCUAAGGCAUUUAUAACCCAACACUUACAUUUUUAGGUAUAAAUUGGCAAUUUAUGGACUGAUUUUGUUAAAAAAUAGCCCAUACAAAAUUGAACUUAUCAUUCUUACUACUUAGAAGUUUAUUUUCAAUUCAUUGACCAAAAAAGAAUUUCAAAAGAAAAAAUAAUAAAACAAAUAGGUUACUGCUAAAUUUUGAAUUUUAUAUCAAUUUUAUUCUAAUAGCAUAGUGCUAUAUACUUAUAUAAAAAUUGUUAGAGAUAUUAUGUGAAUUUUUCAUAAACAAAUUUGAACAAAAUCAGUCCACAAAUAACCAUUUUAUACUGAAAAAUGUAAGUGUUGGGUAAAUGCCUCUGAGUGUAAACAUAAAUAUUUAGAAAGUGUUCAAUAGUGUUCAAUAGUGUCUGUAUAUAAAAAAAUUUUAGGAAAUGUUUUAUGUUUGUAAUAAUGCUUUCUCUAAUAUAUAUCUUUGCUCUUUUGUUUUUAGAAAUAAACAGAUUCUAUACAAAUGUUUAUAAACUUUUGUUGCUUUCCUUUCAGUUUAAUUCUUGCUAAUAAGACAUAGACAGUUUUAUACUGAUUUGUAUGUCAAUUUUUGUAACCAUGUAUGUGGUUUGAUUUUUGUAAAGAAAAAAGGUUUAUAAAUAUAGAUGGGCAAUAAGAGAGUUUGGAGAAAUACCAUAGAUAAUUUACAUUAGAAUACAAUGUUCAUGAUUCUAAUCUUUGUUAUGUUUCUGUAGAUUUUACACACAUUCUUUUAUUUUCUGUCUGACCUUAAAGUCAGACUUGCUAUUUAUAGACUUAUACCCCAGCAUGUUUUUUUCGUUCUUUUAAACAUUUAAAUAUCCAAAAAUGUCUAUUUUCCUUUUUCAUGCAAAAAAGAUCUCAACAAGUGGACGGCGGGCAUUUAUUUCCAUUUUAAAGCAGGCAUAUGUUCAUAAAAAACACAGUUAUAACUUUUAGAUUAUCUUGUAUUUUUGACAGAUAAUAGUAAGGAAUCAGUAAGUUACACAAUAUGCUUGUUUUACAAAAUGUUGUUUUUUAUUGGUUGGUGCUAGUACUCUAUAUUCCAUAAAGUCAUUAAUCCCUGUUGGUUUCUAAUGGAUGGCUAAAUUUAGUGCCACAUUUUUUGAAGUUAUGACAUAGUUUGUUUUCAUCAAUAUCUCAAGGUGAAUAUCAAUUUCAAUUGACUGUGAAUGGCAACACAGAGAAAAUGCUAUAGUCAUAUAAUAAUAAUUAAUAUUGUUAUAAUAUUGUUAUAAUAAUAGUUAUAGUAAAGUUAUAAUAAUAAUUAAUAAUGUUAUAUUGCAGCCAGUGUAUGAUUCAUUCUUUGUUAAAUCAGCCUUUUACAGAAUGUGUUCAAUUGUAUUUCUUUUUAUAAUUCUUAAAUAAAAAAGUUUUAGCAUGAAAAAAUGCAGACUAUACACACUAUUACCACAUUAAAUGCCCUUUAAAGACAAUUUUUGAUUAUUAUGAGAUACAAAUACCUUUUAUUUCCCUGAGAAGUGCAAUUUUCUUUUGUAAUUCUGUUUUUAUAAGAAAAGUACAGUCAUGUAUGUUAUUUAUAAACAUUAAAUAUAACAUGAGA